UAAAGAACACUGCAUGUGGUCCACUCAGCGCAAGUCAUGCCUUAAUGGAACACUAGAGUCAACAUAACGUCCUUCCAACUUAAAAGGUGCUUCUUCACUUGGGAACCUUCACUCCAAGCUUCCCUUUCGCAUCAAUGGCUAAACCAAAGUUUCAACUCCUCUGCUUUAUCCUCUUCCUCAGUAUCUUUCUAUGCUUGUUUCAUGGUGAAUCAUCGGAACUUGAGCUAGACGACGAGUCAUGGCUCAACGAGGAAGACAACGAAGUAAUCAUGGUGCAGAGCCGCCAUGAUUCAAGAAACAAAUGUGACUUUUCUACUGGCAAAUGGGUUUAUGAUCUAUCCUAUCCUCUCUAUGACUCAAGUUGCCCAUAUCUUAGUACAGCAGUGACUUGUCAGAAAAAUGGACGGCCGGAUUCUGACUAUGAGAAGUGGAAGUGGAAGCCUCAAGGUUGUUCUAUUCCAAGAUUUGAUGCAUUGAAUUUUCUUGGAAGAAUGAGAAGGAAAAGAAUAAUGCUGGUGGGUGACUCUAUAAUGAGGAAUCAAUGGGAAUCUCUUGUCUGCUUAGUACAAGGAGUUAUUCCAACUGGUAGAAAGAGAGUGACGUACAGUGGUCCUUCCAUGGCCUUCCAUGCUAUGGAUUUUGAGACAUCAAUUGAGUUUAGCUGGGCACCACUACUAGUGGAAUUGAAGAAAGGGCCUCAAAACAAGAGAAUCUUACAUUUGGAUCUGAUAGAAGAUAAUGCUAAGUAUUGGAGAGGGGUUGACAUCCUUGUGUUUGAUUCAGCUCACUGGUGGACUCAUUCUGAUCAAUGGAGUUCGUGGGACUAUUUCAUGGAGGGAAAUGGCCUAUUUAAAAGUAUGAAUCCAAUGGUUGCAUACGAGAAAGGACUCACAACAUGGGCUAGAUGGGUAGACUUGAAUCUAGACCCUCGCAAAACCAAAGUCAUUUUCCGAAGCAUGUCACCUAGACAUAACAGAGAAAAUGGAUGGAAAUGCUAUAACCAAAAGCAGCCUCUAGCUUUCUUGAGCCACCAGCAUGUUCCUGGACAAAUGCUAGUACUACAAGGGGUGUUGAGAAGGAUGAGAUUUCCAGUAUAUCUUCAGGAUAUUACGACAAUGUCAGCCCUUCGAAGAGAUGGGCACCCUUCUGUGUAUGGAAGGGUAAUGGACCAAGCAGAGAAGCAGCAUCCAAGGGACUUUUCCUCUGACUGCAGCCAUUGGUGCCUUCCUGGGGUGCCUGAUAUCUGGAAUGAGUUGUUGAAUGAUUUGCUCAAAGAAUGAGCUCUGUAAGAUAAAUUAGGUGAGGUUUGUUAGAAUGACUUUUUAAUUCGUGUUUGUUUUGUAAUCUUAGUGCCUGUCAUGGUUAAUUAUGGUGCUGUGUCUUGUGAUGUUUAGUGUUAUGAGAUGGAUAAUGCUUUAUAUGUCUUGAAUGUGACUCUAAUUUCCAAAAGAUAUUGAAUCA